AUGGUGUCGCUCAAGCUCCAGAAGCGGCUUUCCGCUAGCGUCCUCAAGUGUGGCCGAGGGAAGGUCUGGCUCGACCCCAAUGAGGUCAACGAAAUCUCCAUGGCCAACUCCAGGCAAAACAUUAGGAAACUGGUAAAGGAUGGUUUCAUCAUCAGGAAACCAACAAAGAUCCACUCGCGUUCUCGUGCUCGGAGAAUGAAGGAGGCUAAGAGGAAGGGCCGUCACUCUGGACAUGGUAAGCGUAAGGGUACCAGGGAGGCAAGGCUGCCCACCAAAAUCCUCUGGAUGAGGAGAAUGCGGGUUUUGAGGCGCUUACUCCGUAAGUACCGUGAGUCCAAGAAAAUUGACAAACACAUGUACCAUGACAUGUACAUGAAGGUGAAAGGUAAUGUCUUUAAGAACAAGCGUGUGCUGAUGGAGAGUAUUCACAAGUCAAAGGCCGAGAAGGCAAGAGAAAAGACUCUGUCUGACCAGUUUGAAGCCAAGCGUGCUAAAAACAAGGCCAGCAGAGAGAGAAAGUUGGCUCGGCGUGAGGAAAGAUUGGCACAAGGACCUGGAGAGAGAGCUGCACCAACACCUGCACCCCAACAGGCUGAGGGAGGCGCGAAGAAAGCAAAGAAGUGA